AUGCCCGCCCUUCUAGAAGACCCCUCCACCCGUAUUCCCCCACCACCAGCACACACCUCUGCCGCACCCACCAUGCAACCGCGGUCCACUACUCUCCCCAAAGCCGCCUCAGCAGGCAUGACCCUCUACCCCGUCACCGGCGGGCCCUCCAGCAUCCCUCAAGAUCUAAUCAAGUUCCUGCACGCCGAGUUCAGUGCGGAGAUCUCGCGCGGCGCGACGUAUCCCAUGGAGCAGCCUAUGGCGCUGGAGCAAUUUGCCGACUACUGGUUUGGCACGUUUGCCAUCGUUGCGGUGUUAGAUGAGGGCGCUGGUGCGGGUGAGGGGUUGUGCGAGGGCCGCGAUUGGGCGAAGGUUUGCUUGGGGACGUUCUAUAUCAAGCCAAAUUAUCCCGGCCGUUGCUCCCACAUCUGCAACGCCGGCUUCAUUACUACCGUUGCGGCGCGCGGCAAGGGCGUCGGAUACGCCAUGGGUGAAGCGUACCUAGAAUUUGCACCGAAGCUGGGAUACACAUACUCUGUGUUCAACUUAGUCUUCGCUAACAACCCAGCGUCCAUCCGUAUCUGGGAGAAGCUCGGAUUCAGCGUGAUUGGACGGGUGCCCAAGGCUGCGCGGUUGGCGAACAGCGAAGAGCUGGUCGAUGCGUUGAUUUUCGGACGUGAGUUGGGCAAUUAA